AUGAGACUUGUGACCUAUGGGCAUGAUGGCAACACAACUGCCUUAGCUGCUGAGUCACCGCAGCAAGAGAGAGAGAAGGAUAGGCAAGGAGACCACCUGACCAGCACGGUGACGUCGACGGAGACAUCGUGGCACCCGGAUAAAAGCAGCAGCCUUUUCGACGUUCCCUUCAGUGGACUUGGAAGCACUGAACGAGCACGGAUGCUGAUCAAAUUUUUUCUGAUCGCACAGCGCCCGUCUCGUGCUUCUGAAAAGAGCUUGCGGUAUUGGCGUGAACAGACAGCUGGACAAGUCAGAAUGGCAAUGCACCUUGGAGAACAAGACUCGAAUUGUGAAAGUCUGGUGGUUUCACAGAACUUUGUUUUAUGUCAAGAUGGGCUGACGCCAUGUCACCUGAUGCUGUCACUCUCUGGAAAUGCCUAUUUUCUGCCUGCCCAGGAGGAGCUCCAAGCAAUAAUCACAGAUCAAAACGUCUGAUUGUGGUAUUCACCCAUUUCUAAUGUGCCAUCUUUAACAAAACUUUCUUGUCGAUUUUCAUAUGCUUUACCGCAUAACACGGAUGUAUUGCGGCGAAGCUGACUUUGGAAAAUUGGUUGCAAUGUGCAACACAUUGGACCCUUGUCCGUUUUUUUUAAAACAAAAAUUGUGUGCGCAUUUGAUUUCUGUUUCAUUUUAGGGGCUUUUGUCCUUUCUAUGCUAGUUUACACUUUGGACACACAGACAGCUGGCGUGUGUUUCACUCUGGGGCAUGUUAGAAUCUGUACGUAAACCAUGGCAAA